AUGAAGGAAUAUAAUGAGAAAUGCGAUGAACGUUAUGCGAAAAAAAAAUUAUGUCAUACCUACUUUUACAAAGAAUUUAAUUCAUAUCCCAGUGUACUUCACAUAAAACAUAAAGAUUAUUUAGAACGUAUAAGAAAAUUUCAUGAUCCAAUUUUAAAAUAUGUUGCUUUAUAUUUAUAUCACAAUUAUGUAAUUGCCAAGGAAUAUUUUGUAGAGAAUUCAAAUAAUAAUAAUGCUGCUUGUGGUGUUUUGAAUAGAUGGUUAGAUCAACAAAAAAAUUUGUACACUAACUUUAGAAUGUGUUAUUAUAAUACACGUUGGUGGGAUAUACAUAUUGAACCAUUAUGGGAAGAGCUAGAACGAUAUUACCCUGGAAAUACAUGUAAAAGAAAGUAUUCAUACUAUUCUCAAGGAGCAACUCAUAACGAGCCUAAUGCAAAAGAUGAUAGACUUUAUCAGCAAAUGCCAGAGGAAUUUGUGUGUUAUAAUGAAAAUGUUGAUACGCAAAGCCAGCAGGAAAAUGAUAAUACUUCUAUUAAAGAAAACUGCGCUAAACUAAGUAUAUUAUUUGACUUAUGUGAAAAGCAUUAUUUAUUUAACCAAAAUUCACAAACGUCUGCCAAUCCGGAUAAUAUUUAUUGCAAAAAUGGGCCUCCUUAUGAAAAUAUUUACUAUACAUCAAUGUUAAAAGCUGAAAAAUUGUGUUUUUGCGUUUCAUUAUUAAAUAAAAUUGCUCUUCCAAUAAUUGUAACAGUUUUAGGAACUAUCUUUCUUGCUUUUUUUUUUAAUGAAUUUACGCCUAUAGGAUCUAUAUUUCGUAAUAGUUCUAAAAAUAAAAUUAGAUUGCGUGAGCAGUUUAACGAGGAAGCAGAAUAUAAAGUAUAUAAAACAUAUAAGAAUAAUAAUCAAAAUAGGGAUACGGAAAAAAAUAUUAUAUAUUACCAAUCCAUGAAUGUGUAG